GGCGGGCAGCGAGCCGGCGGUCACGUGACAGAGCGCACCGCGCCGCGCCGCCCGCUGCGGACGGUGCUGCGGAGCCGCGGCCGCCGCGCUUCCAGCCCACCCCCCUCCCCGCCUCCGCGCCCUCCGCCCUGCCCGCGGGGCGCAGGAGCCGGUGACGGGAGCGAGGCGGAGUCUGGAGGGAAGAUACCGAGAGACAGAUUUAAAUCACAUCCCUGGCUGUAGAAGGGCAGCAGCAGCAGCAGCCCCGGCGCAGAGGCACGGACGCACGCGCCGAGACAGGUCUGCCGGCUCCGCCGCCGCCGCCGCUGCUGCUGCUGCUCACCAUGGGUGCCGCCGCCGCCGCCGCCGAGCCCCCCCGCGCUAUGGGCCUGGUGUCCAGCGUGGUGAACGACACCCUCGAGUUCUACCGCUGGACCUGGAGCAUCCGAGACAAACGUGUUGAUGACUGGCCCUUGAUGCAGUCUCCAUUUCCAACACUGACUAUAAGCACUAUUUAUCUCCUCACUGUCUGGCUGGGCCCCAAAUGGAUGAAGACAAGAGAGCCCUUCCAGUUACGUUUCCUGUUGGUUGUUUACAACUUUGGAAUGGUUCUACUCAACUUCUUCAUUUUCAAAGAGCUGUUUUUAGCAUCAAGAGCUCGAGGGUACAGCUAUGUCUGCCAGACCGUGGAUUAUUCAGAUAAUGUUUAUGAAGUUAGGAUAGCUGCUGCUUUAUGGUGGUAUUAUGUCUCUAAAGGAAUUGAAUAUUUGGAUACAGUAUUCUUCAUUCUGAGGAAGAAAUUUAACCAAAUUAGUUUCCUUCAUGUCUAUCACCAUUUCACCAUGUUCACCUUGUGGUGGAUUGGUAUUAAGUGGGUUGCAGGUGGACAAGCUUUUUUCGGAGCUCAGAUGAAUGCAUUUAUCCAUGUCAUUAUGUAUAUGUAUUAUGGAUUAGCUGCCUGUGGCCCUAAAUUUCAGAAAUACCUGUGGUGGAAACGAUACUUGACUAUAUUGCAGUUGGUGCAGUUCCAUGUGACUAUUGGCCAUACAGCCUUGUCUAUUUAUAUUGAUUGUCCUUUCCCUAAGUGGAUGCACUGGGGUGUAAUUUUCUAUGCUGUCACCUUCAUUUUCCUGUUUGGUAACUUCUACUAUCGGACAUAUAAGCUGCCCAAGGAACCCAUAAAGAAUGGCAAAAUAGCAAAUGGUGCUGUUGCAAAUGGAAUAAGCAAACCAGAAAAUAAUGCAGUGGUGGAAAAUGGAAAAAAGCAGAAAAAGGGAAAAGCAAAAGGAGAGUAACUUGAUCCAGGCCUUAACCAUUGUUGGCAGUGAGGAACCUCCAGUUUGGUUUAUAAAAGGAAGAAAAAAAACCACUAUCUGUACCAAUUAACCUUAGGUUACUGAAGAGCUAGAACACAGAUAUUUUCAUUAUUUAUGAAGAUUGUUUUAAGAACAACACUAAAGUUGAAUUUCUAUUGUAAUUAUGUAAUUAUCAUGCAUAUGGUCUCUGUGUAAACUUGUAGACUGCUGGUGUUGGUGAAUGUAAGGAAGAAUUGCAGUUGAUUCUGUGUUUAGCAGUCCAAAAGUUAAUACUACCAUUGAUACAGGCAGUUUUGUUGGCACCCACAUUUCUUUGGGGGAGGGAGGGGAAGGAAGUAGCGUUUCGAUACUUGUGUUUUCUUUCCAGAAAAUUAUUAAAUUUCAAAUUAUGACAUAUUAUCUAAUCAGAAUGCGCAACUUUUCUUGUCCUCCUUGGAGGGUAUCUUCAGACACAUUAUGUUUAUGUGCUGUCAGAACAGUGUUUGACUUUUCAGACAUUACUUGAUUUAAUUGAGUGUCUGUUACAGUUUGUUUUGGGUUUGUUGUUUUUUUUUUUUUUUUUUCUCAUGUGGAAAUAUACCUACCUCUUCAUCUGCUGAAAAGAAUAUUGAGCAUUAAAUAACUGGUUUCUGAAA